CAGCUGAGAACUUAUCGAUAGCUGCGAAGCAACCUGUGUGCAGCAGUUGGACUGGUAAACAACAAAUAAAAAUUGUUGAAAAUUGUGUAUAAAACUGGCGUGCCGCGAUAUAACAAACUACGGCAGAUGCCAAACAGUUGCAGUAAAACAAGUUGCGUAGCCUAGAGUAACGCGAACAGUUGCACCGGUAACUGCAGCUGUUUAUUUAUAGCAGCAAAACAACAACACAUAUAAUCAACCCUCUCACCCCAUCCCAACAAACGUCAACGCCAGCAGCGCCCAAUUGAAGUGAAGCGAAGCAAAGCAUAGCAGCAGAAGGCAAGUGUAGUUGAGUGUGGGCGACGUAAUUGGAAGCAACCACACCGCAAGUGCAAGGAUACGCGAUUUACCGCCUCCUCCCCCACUCGGCCCAUCCUGUCAAAGUCAAGUGGGCAACAUGGAACCGAGCGUUACUGCAGCUAAUGUUUCACCUAAUCCCGCGAAUGCAGCUGCCGCAGCAGCAGCGGCGGCAACGGCUCCAAACACUAAACGUUCUACGCAACAAGGACGCAAAAAGUCGGGUCCCAAAUUUGAGUUAUCCGAAGCACAAAAAUCGGACAUUAAAGAAGCGUUUGAUUUGUUUGAUAACGAAUGCACCGGCUAUAUUGAAGUCAAGGAGCUGAAGGUGGCAAUCAGGGCGUUGGGCUUUGAGCCCAAAAAGGAGGAAAUCAAGCGCAUGAUAGCGGAAAUCGAUAAGGACGGCAGUGGACGAAUUGCGUUCAAUGACUUUCUACACCUGAUGACCAUGAAAAUGGCCGAAAAGGACACCAAAGAGGAGAUAUUGAAGGCGUUUCGAUUGUUCGACGAUGACGAAACGGGCAAAAUCUCAUUUAAAAAUCUAAAACGCGUUGCACGCGAAUUAGGUGAAACGCUGACGGACGAAGAGCUGCGUGAAAUGAUUGAUGAGGCGGAUUUGGACAACGAUGGCGAAGUCAAUCAGGAGGAAUUCCUUCGUAUUAUGAAGAAGACCAGCUUGUAUUAACGUUCUAACUGGAAUUCAAAUUGAAUUCACAAUUUUGUCGUAGUCAUUAAGUCUGCAUUCAGACAUUCCGAAUAUGUAUUGUACUAAUGUCUAAGUCACAAGAAUGUUGUUCUUUAAGUUUCAUUUAAGCUUGUGUGUUUCAAUUAUUUAUUUUCAUUCAUUUUGUGUAUUGUUUGCACAAAGGCAACUAAAUACUAUACUUAUGUGUAAGAUGCAAAAUUUGUUCCUUUAAACGCAAAUGCACCGCCUGUAUUUUUGCACUCAAAUUAAUCUCAAUGGUGAAUAAAACAUCAAUUAGUUAACGUUGUAAAUGAAAUGUUA